AUGCAUGCCUGGGGCGCUUAUAACUCUAUUAUCGGCCAUGAAGGGGUGGGAAUAGUAGUGGAAGCAGGACCCGAAGCUUCCCACUCUCUUCUUGGACAACGCGUCGGAGUCAAAUGGCUGUAUAGCGCUUGCAACCAGUGCUCGGUUUGCAAGCGUGGCUAUCCACACAACUGCACCCAACAACUCAAUACAAGCCGCCAUGUGCCUGGAACACUGCAGCAAUAUGUCAUCGCUGACGCGCGGUUCGUGACCCUCAUCCCGGACGGAGUGGCUGAUGAGAUCGCUGCCCCAUUACUUUGCGCCGGGCUUACGAUGAUCGGUGCGCUAUCAAAGCUAGACAAUGAGCUCCACGCGGGUGACUUUAUCGUGAUUUCUGGGUCUGGCGGAGGCCUCGGCCACAUCGGCGUUCAAAUAGCAUCGAGGAUGAAACAUUGGCGCGUUAUCGCCAUCGAUAGUGGAGAGGAUAAGAAAGCUCUUAGUCUGAAGUCUGGAGCCGAAAUAUUCCUCGAUUAUAAGACUGAAGAUGUCAUAGCCCGAGUUCGUGAUUUGACUGGAGAGGGUGCACAUGCGACGAUCGUUGUUCCUGGAACCAAGGAUGCAUUGGAAAUGGCACCUAAUCUUGUGAGAAACAUGGGAUUUGUUGUGAAUGUUGGUCUGCCACAAAAUGACCUGCAUAUUCCACUUUCUGCGACGCUUUGCACAGCUCGAGGUAAGAGAAGCCAACUAUGA